AUGGUGCCCCCGCGCUGCCCGGGACCCUGUGCCAUGCUGGCUCUGAUCCUCCUCUUGGGAUGCGGCGUGGCUUCCUGCCUCGGCCAGAACGACACGGAGCCCAUCGUGCUCGAAGGGAAGUGUCUCGUGGUGUGCGACUCGAACCCUUCUUCGGACGGAGCGGUCACCUCCUCGCUUGGCAUAUCAGUCCGCUCCGCUGGGGCAAAGGUGGCUUUUUCCGCCGUGCGUGGAACCAACCACGAGCCGUCAGAGAUGAGCAACACGUCUAUGACCAUCUAUUUUGACCAGGUUUUAGUGAACAUCGGCAACCAUUUCGAUCUUAAAGCAAGUGUUUUCCAGGCUCCAAGGAGGGGGAUCUAUAGUUUCAGCUUUCACGUGGUGAAGGUCUACAACAGACAGACCAUACAGGUGAACCUGAUGCAGAAUGAUUACCCGGUUAUAUCAGCAUUCGCCGGUGACCAGGAUGUUACGAGAGAGGCGGCCAGCAACGGAGUACUGCUGAUGGUUGAACGGGAGGACCGGGUCUAUCUGAAGCUGGAACGUGGCACCCUAAUGGGCGGAUGGAAAUACUCCACCUUCUCAGGCUUUCUAGUCUUUCCUCUAUAA